AUGCCCUCGCCUCUCCCUCUGCGCAGUUGCCUGCCCAGCGAGCUGUCGCCCUCGGUGGACUCGCGGCCCUGCAGUAGCCCCUCGGAGCGCCCAGGUAAGGGAGGGAGGCUCCUGCUGGGUGGCACCCCGCCCAGGGCGCCGCGGCUGCCACGCCGGCUGGCCUGGUGCUCCAUUGACUGGGAACAGGUGUGCUUCCUCCGGAGGCUGGGAGCUGGCGGGUUUGGCUCCGUCUACAAGGCGACUUACCACGGCGUCCCAGUGGCCGUGAAGCAGGUGAACAGGUGCACCAAGAACCGCCUGGCGUCGCAGCGGAGCUUCUGGGCUGAGCUCAACAUAGCCAGGCUUCGCCAUGACAACAUCGUGCGGGUGGUGGCGGCCAGUACGCGCACGCCCGCGGGCUCGGAUAGCCUGGGCACCAUCAUCAUGGAGUUCGGGGGCAAUACCACUUUGCACCAGGUCAUAUACGGCGCUCCCCGCCACCCUGGGGACGAGGAGGAGCCUCGCGGCCGCGCGGGGGAGCAGCUGAGUUUGGGAAGGUGUCUCAAGUACUCCCUCGACGUGGUGAACGGCCUGAUUUUCCUCCACUCGCAAAGCAUCGUGCACUUGGACCUGAAGCCGGCUAACAUUUUGAUCAGUGAGCAGGACGUCUGCAAAAUCGGUGACUUCGGCUGCUCGGAGAAGCUGGAAGGCCUGCUGUGCCUCCAGACCCCGCGGUGCCCCCUGGGCGGCACCUACACCCACCGCGCCCCGGAGCUCCUGAAAGGAGAGGCUGCCACUCCCAAAGCGGACAUCUACUCGUUCGCCAUAACUCUCUGGCAAAUGGCCACCAAGGAGGUGCCCUACUCGGGGGAACGACAGCACGUGGUCUAUGCCGUCGUGGCCUAUAACCUCCGCCCCUCUCUGUCGGCGGCCGUCUUCACCGACUCGGUCCCGGGUGGGAGGCUGGAGAACGUCAUUGAAAGCUGCUGGGCGCCCAGCGCCGUCCAGCGGCCGAGUGCAGAAGUGCUCUUUGGUGACCUUAGCUCCUUGCAAGCUGAGUUCGGCUGGCUUUGA